GAGGCAGGCCCUGCGCGGGGAUCACGGAAGCCCUGUGAUUCAUCAUGAAGUUCCAGUACAAGGAGGUCCAUCCCUUUGAGUAUCGGAAAAAGGAAGGAGAAAAGAUCCGGAAGAAAUAUCCGGACAGGGUCCCCGUGAUUGUAGAGAAGGCUGCAAAAGCCAGGGUGCCUGAUCUGGACAAGAGGAAGUACCUAGUGCCCUCCGACCUUACCGAUGGCCAGUUCUACUUUUUAAUCCGGAAGAGAAUCCACCUGAGACCUGAGGAUGCCUUAUUCUUCUUUGUCAACAACACUAUCCCUCCCACUAGUGCUACCAUGGGCCAACUGUACGAGGACAGUCAUGAGGAAGAUGAUUUUCUGGUCUGGUUUGGAGGUGAGCACUCAACCCAAACUGAGCCGACCACAGAACUGUGCUAUCUUGCCCAAGAUGAUUUGCCAAGAAGAGCACAGAUGAUUCAUGCUGAGCCUAUCAGGGACCUUUCCUGGGACUUUGUAAGCUGGAACCAAACGAAAAGGACCUGUUGCUUUCUGGAGGUAAAAAUGGGAAGACGUGAGUCUGUGGGCCAUGGCAGCCAUAUUUCCUGCCAGCUGAACUGCAUUCCGAGAGAAUGAGACAAAGGCGGAGAGAGGGAAGCAGAGGGCAGAAGCUGGAAAACUUUUGAGAGCAUUUUGAGUCCUGGGUCACUGAGGCCAGAAAUAGCUCUGAAUUUUCCUUAAGUUUGUUUUAUGAGUCAAUAAA